AUGAAUUUCAGGAAUGAAAUCGCUCAAUUGAAUCCUCUACGAGACACCGUUUGUGCCAGUUGCCGGACAGCUAUUUGCAAUGCGGAUUGGCAAUGUGCGAAUAUUUCGAAAAGUCGAAGAAGAAGUUGUUGGAGGAAGAAGAAAGAGAACAUCAAUGUGACGGGAUAUUUUAACAACCGGCACCUUGCCGACUUUCUAAUUGAUGUGAUCUCACAAGACUCAUUAACGCUCUCGCCGAACUGGGGUGAUAUCUACUUCAAAAGAUUGAAAGAUGCCAUUGAUGGAAAGGAAUCACUUGCUCUUGGCUUCGAGUCGACUUCGUCGAUGGCGACACAAAGAUUGAAAGAUGCCAUUGAUGGAAAGGAAUCACUUGCUCUUGACUGUACCGAAUCACUUGCUCUUGACUGUACCGAAUCACUUGCUCUUGGCUGUAAUCACAUCAUUUGUACCGAAUGUUUAAAACCGUUUUUGCCAUUUGCCGGACAGCUAUUUGCAAUGCGGAUUGGCAAUGUG